CCGGUGCAGUAACAGGCGAGUUGCUUUCCUCUCCGAAAACAGCGCUGGUUGGAACAGGCGAAUCUACACACUCAUUUGACCUAUCAUUGCGAUUCCGCGCUAUAAAUUAUUUAAAAAACCAACCAACUGUUUACCGGAUGUGCAUGCAGUAUGAAAUUCAGCUGAAAAAGCCGCAGCCCCAGGAAGUACGUUGCAGCAGUAUCAGACAGCAGGUUCAGCAUCAUGAGAAUAAACGAGGACACGAUGUUGGAAGGAAAAUAUGUGGUAUUGGUGCCUUACAAUGCAGACCAUGUACCCAGGUAUCACCAGUGGAUGGGCUCUCCUGAACUGCAGAAGCUCACUGCUUCAGAGCCACUUACCCUGGAACAGGAGUAUGACAUGCAGAGGAGCUGGAGAGAGGAUGAUGAUAAAUGCACCUUCAUUAUCCUGGACAAGCAGCUUUGGGCAGACCCCGCGGUACAGGAGCAGGAGUGCAUGGUGGGAGAUAUCAAUAUCUUCCUCACAGAUCCCAGUGAUCCCUCCCUUGCAGAGUUGGAGAUCAUGAUUGCAGAACCCAACUACAGAGGCAAGGGGAUUGGAAAAGAGGUUAUACGAAUGAUGAUCUGCUAUGGAGUCAUCAAACUUGGAGUCAGAAAAUUUGAAGCCAAGAUUGGGCUUGACAACAAAAUCAGCAUUGCCUUGUUCAAGAAGUUUAAAUUUCAAGAGCAGUCGGUCAGUGACGUGUUUCAAGAGAUGACACUGGAGCUGAAUGUAGAUGAAGAACUGCAAAAGUGGCUUCUGGGUGACAUGAGCUUCAUGCAGGAGAGGGAGUACCAGAAGAUUCGGGACAGCAGGCAAAAAGCAAGCCCUCCCUUGACUCAGUAAGCUCCAACUGUGACAGCAAGUUCUCCUUAAACCAGGAACCUUUAUCUAGUUGUCAGUUUAUCAGCCACCGGGGGAAAUGUUUUGUGUUACUUUGUAUACAUGCACUCAACCAGACACAUCAUUCUGCUAAGAUCAUGGUGGCAAUGACAGGCUGUUUAAGGAGUGGGGUUACUUUGAAAUAUUUAGAUUUUAGUCUGUUAAACCAAAUUCUACAUGAUCCUCCUCAAGCAGUGGUACAGCCUCACUCCCUAGGGAGAAUGGAGCUCCAAGCUCAGGCCCUUCACAUGAAGUAGUGAUGAAUGCGAGUUGUGGAGAAGGACAUUUAUCGAUGGGCCUUCUGAACCAUUUUUUAAAAGCAUUUGUAUUGCAUUGUUUAACAUGUUUUGUUUAGAAAGAUCUUCCUGGAGCACAUUCUGUUGUUCCGUCUGUAAUAUGUACUAUACACAAUGGGCCUCAUCAACAUUUUAGUAAAACCGUUCAAAUGUGUGUGUAAUAAGAAACAAACUAACAUGUAGACAUGCAGUUAUAAAUACCAAUCAUAAAUAAAAAGCGCAUUCACAGGAGUUGUGAUUAGCAUAAAUUGACAUUCCUAAAGUAUAUAAUGAUCUUGGAAUUCCAUUGCUGGCAAUUUUAUGAGAUGACCAAGAAAAGACAAGAAACUUCUCUGAAGAAAAGAUUGAAGUGCCGUUAAUGGACUUGAAAAAACAUAUUCAGUAGUGUAAGCAGUGGAGUGUCAGGGCCAGGGAAGACUAAGGCCUCCAAGAAAUACAGUAGCUGGUAUUGUAAAGUCUGUGUCUCCAGUUUUUGCAUUAAUCCAAUUGUGAUUUUUAUAUAAUUUCAACAAUUAUAAUAUUCAAUUGUUUUAUUAUUUAUUCAAAUAAUUUGCUACUUUUUAAAAAUCCAAAUAAAAGAUGAAUGGAAUAAUAAAAGCACAAACAUACCUUUUUUUUUUUACACACACACACACACACACACACACAAUAUGAACAGUUUAGAGCACUUGUGAAAUCGGUUCGGAUUCUACAAACAAACUGACACGAAAACGUUGAUAUCCCACUUCUCUUUUUGUUGCAUAAAUGCAUUUAAAGUUUUAAUGAUUGGCUAUCAAAUUCAUUCAGCUCAAGAUUGAUAAAUGAGGCCCAUUAUGUAUAAAGAGUUAGAAGCUUCAAAUGCAGAACUGAAGCAUCACAUGGGCUUCAACCUUGUCUAAAAUUUCAAAUUUGUCUUUCUUCCCUCAAUAAUAAACAAGCCAUGUUUCAUUUCAAA